AUGGAAGGUUUUAAAAUUGUUUUUAGUGUCGUUCUUAUAGUUUUAUUUGCUAAAACGUCAAUGACAUCAUCAACUACCGAAAAUGCAGUUAAAGUGAUGAAUAAAAUUUUUAAUGUGUGUGAAAACAGUGAAGAGUUGGUGAAAUGUAUGAAAAUUCAAGCUUUAAAACUGACAGAUCGAGCACUAAAAUUGCCAACAAUUAGAAUAACUGAUGGAUUGACAAUUAUAAAAAAAGAAGAAGUCGCUGAAAAUCGUUCAUUUAAUGAUUUUGACAGCGAAAAAUUUAUGAAGUUUCCAUCCUCAAAAGUUGAUGAAUUGUUUUUUGAUCGCAUCAAUAAAUUUAUGGAUUCUCAUCAGCUUUCGGUAAAUGUACCACGCCUGUUAUCAUCAUCAGAAACGCCAAGACUCGUUGAAGAGGGAAGAAAAAAGAUGAAGAAAUACAUGGGACCGUUUCUUGCUGCCUUAGCACUCAAAGGCGGUAUUUUAUCUAUGGUUUAUCACUCAAUCGCCAUUGUUGCUGGAAAAGCUUUAAUCAUAGGAAAAAUCGCACUUGUUAUCAGUGCCAUUAUUGGAUUGAAAAAGCUGGUAACACCCGAGGGACAUGACAAAACAACGUAUGAGAUUGUGAAACAUCCGCACGUUUCAAACAGUCACACUUACUCAUCCAGCAGUCAUGGAGAUUUCGAUGGACAUGACGGCCAGUAUCACCGAAGUUUGGGUGACAACGUUGACAUGAUGAUGCAAGAUAGAGCUUAUCGAGGUCAUAAAUAAUAAAAGCAAAAGGUGAAAAGAAUUAACAACAAGUUAAAAAGAAUGAAAAGCAAUUCAAAGAAUUAAACAAUUUAAUUUAUUUCUUAGUCUGUACUUAAAAAUGAUUGUAAUAAAUAAUUUAUUAAAAUUAAAA